AUGCGCUCGCUUGCGCUUCUUUUCUCGCCUUCAUUCCAAAUCGUGCUUACAAGGGUUUCACACUAUUUAGGGGCCGGCGGACACUCCCCGUUUCCUCAAGGGCCCUGA